AAAAAGGAUCAGCAAAACCACCAUCCCCUGCAGAAAGCAAGUGUGAAAAAUUCAUGCACCUGAAAACAGUGACUUCACGUCCCAUCACAGAAGAAACAAACCAAAGAAAGCAGAGUUUAGGGGAAGAAACGGAGCAGGCGUAGGCGACAAGCUCAUGGUACAGUGAUCGCAGAAGGGAAGAAAACCUCGUUUUUUCUUGGUAUCUGGAAACUGAAGCUCUAACUGGAGGGCAAGUGAGAAGACAUGUUGAAUAACAGGAAGAGCUAUAGAGUUUGCAGAUAUCAACUGUGGCCUUAAUAAGUACAUUCUUAGCGUCUAUGUCAGACAGAUGGUCCUAUUACUGCUGGAUUGUGCAAGAUAUUUAACCAUGUUUUCUUUGAGGUAUGACUUAAAUAUCAAACAUCUUAAAUAAGAAAAGGGAAACAUUUUAGUUUUGGAAGUCAGAAUGCCAAGGAGAAGGAAAAAUCUUGGGGGAAAUCCUUUUCGGAAGACUGCAAACUCUAAGGAAGUUGUCGUAUCCGGUGUUGCUAGUCAUGAGGAGCCAACUACUAUUCCUUCCAUGUGUGAGACAAAAGUUGAUCAGGAGGAACUCUUCACCAGUAUCUCAGAGAUGUUUUCUGAUCUGGAUCCCGAUGUAGUAUAUUUGAUGCUUUCUGAAUGUGAUUUCAAAGUUGAAAAUGCAAUGGAUUGUCUAUUAGAAUUAUCUGCCACUGACGCCAAGGUAGAAGAAUCAUCUUCAAAAAGCUUUGUUGCUUCUGAGAACCAAGUAAGUGUUGUGGGACGUGAAAUAAUGGAAAAGUAUCCUCCUGAAGAAGAGAGUGAAGAAUCAAAAAUGGAUUCAUUUUUGGACAUGCAGCUAACUGAAGACUUGGAUUCUUUGAUACAGAAUGCUUUUGAGAAAUUGAACUCUUCUGAUGACCAAGUAUACUCAUUUUUGCCUUUGCAAGAUGUUAAUAGUGUUAGUAACCCGAGUGCAUUUAUAAAUUCCGAUUCAAAUAGUAUGACUCCCAUUCUUUCUGUACAAAAUGUGGAUUUGAACAGUGAAAAUUUAGAGAAUUCUGCCUCUGCAUUAAGUUCAAACACCUUAAUUUCACAUUCUGUUUCUAAUGAGUCCAAAAGUUUUAUAAAGGAUGACACAUUGGCAUUGGAAGAUUCUCUUCUCAGUAGUUCUUUAAAUGUAGCAAAUGACACUGUGGUGGGUGGUAGCAAUCUCAGUCAAAGACAGAAAGAGCUUUUAGAAUCUGAGUGUGUCGAGACUCCGUUCUCUCCAGCCCCUGUAGAUUUGGAUGCCAACGAACCUCAGCCUCCUUUAAGCCUUCCCGUGCAAAAUCUGGGGCUUGAUUUACUAGGUACAAGUGAGGAUCAGAAAUCUACUUCUGUCCCUGAUGCAUUUGUACCUUCUGAAGAAUUUGGUUUCAAGCCACAGAAACAUACUGAACUGCCGUCAAAGGGGAAGGAUGUGAAUUACUGCCCUAUACUUACCCCUCUCCCUCUACUGCUGCCUCCUCCUCCACCUCCACCAAUGUGGAAUCCAAUGAUUCCUGCUUUUGAUCUCUUUCAAGGAAAUCAUGGCUUUGUAGCACCUGUUGUAACCACCACUACACACUGGAGACCGGUCAACUACACGUUUCCCCCUCCAAUUAUUUCUCACACUUCCCCAACAAAGGUAUGGAGAAAUCAAGAGGGAACAAGUGCUUAUCAAGUGCAAGAAGCCCCAGUUUCUCAGAUUGUAAGAAAGAAGACGUCAUCUUAUGUUGGACUAGUUCUUGUUCUUCUCAGAGGGCUUCCAGGAUCAGGAAAAUCCUUUUUGGCAAGGACUUUGCAAGAGGAUAAUCCAAGUGGAGUUAUUCUGAGUACUGAUGAUUAUUUUUACAUAAAUGGACAGUACCAGUUUGAUGUAAAGUACUUAGGAGAAGCACAUGAAUGGAACCAGAAUCGUGCGAAAGAAGCGUUUGAGAAGAAGGUGUCUCCUGUAAUAAUAGACAAUACAAACCUACAGGCAUGGGAAAUGAAGCCAUAUGUUUCUUUGUCUCAAAAACAUAAAUAUAAAGUCCUCUUCCGGGAACCGGAUACAUGGUGGAAGUUCAAACCAAAGGAACUUGCAAGGCGUAAUAUUCAUGGUAUAAGCAAAGAAAAAAUAUCAAGAAUGUUGGAACAUUAUCAGCGUUUUGUUUCAGUUCCAAUAAUCAUGAGUUCUUCAGUUCCAGAGAAAAUUGAACGUAUUGAGUUAUGUGCCUAUUCUUGUGAGGACAGAAGUACUAGCCCAAAAGACAAUGAAGAUAUUACCUCUGAAAAGGAAGAAAAUGUUUUAUCCUCAUCUUUGAAGCAUCUAGAAUUGACUGAAGAGAAGAAACUUGAAGUGACCAAAGAAACUAUAUUACCCGAGAAUGUUACAGCUCUCUCUAAUGCAGAUUUAAACAAAGGAAGAAAAGAAAUAAAUGCUAUGAAUCCUAACAUUCAGAGUGCUUUCAUUCAGGAAGUUUUAGACAUGGAUAUUUCUGAUUCUGAAAGCAAACAAGUAACAGAAAAAAGUAAAAAAGAAGAACAGGUUGAACUGGCUUCUGAAAAAGAGUGCAGUAAAGUAGAUGCAGUUGGUGUUGUAGAGAGAGUGUUGUCAAGUAUUUGCUAUGGUGAAAAUAACCAAGAAGACUAUGAUCUUUCAAAUACUACACCUUUUCAUAAUGAAAGAUCUUCAUCUGGUGAAACACUGGAAGAAAGAGCCACAGUAAGGAAAAAAGCCUUUGGAAGACAAAAAAGCAAGUCAACUUUGGAAAAGUUCCCAAGACAUGAACUGUCAAAUUUUGUUGGUGACUGGCCAGUUGAUAAGACUAUUGGUCAGAGGACAAAAAGAAACCGAAAAACUGAAAAAGCUUCAUCUAUACAAAGUGACAAAAAAUAUAAUCGCUCUCAGUCACGCAGAGGAUUGGAGAGUACCCUAUCUGUGAAUAUGGAUCAUAUCCAGCAACAAGAAUCUCCACACGAAAGUACAGAGGAUGAUAGGAAGUCACAGUAUGAUGAUGCUUCAGAAUCUUUCAAUAACUGUCAAUAUGGUACAUAUAAAAAUACUGAAAAACAGUCAUUCACCAUUGUGGGUGACUGGCCUUCAUCUGAUUCCUUAGCUCAGAGAGAGCACAGAUCAAGAAUGCCAAAGAAUAGUUUAAAGGAACACAACCUAGAAUUUGUAACUAAUGACGGUAUGAAUGAGACACCCUUCUGCACAGCCCAUGAGACCUGUUGUUGGGGCACAAGCCCUGAAGAGCUAAAAACCCUGGGCAGUUCCACUCUAGGAAAUUCUGAAACGCUGCCCAAUGAAAUGACCUGUGAGAGCAAGACUUGUCCAAGUAAAAACAGUCACAGACAGCAUACACUGUCUCUUACUUUUACCAAUAGUGAGCCAACUAUUCCUGGAGUAGUAGGACCACAAACUUUAGCUGAAUUUCCAGAAGGAAAACCUAAAAGAGUUCCUGGAAUAGAAGAAGGCAUGUGUACCCAGACUGAACCACGGGAUUUUGCUCUUUUAUGGAAAAUAGAAAAGAAUAAAAUUAGUGUUUCGGAUUCUGUGAGAGUGUUAACAGGACGAUUAGAUGGGUUUAAACCAAAAGCUUUCAAUAGCAACACAAAAUUAGAUGUUCAGGAAACAAUUCCAUAUAGGGUCAUGUAUGACAAAAGCACGUAUGUCGAAGAAAGUGAGCUUACCAGUGCUGAUGAAUCUGAAAAUCUUAACAUUCUUUGUAAACUCUUUGGAUCCUUUUCAUUAGAAGCCCUAAAAGACUUAUAUGAGAGGUGUAACAAAGAUAUUAUUUGGGCCACAAGCCUUUUGUUGGAUUCUGAAACUAAACUAUGCGAAGAUACUGAAUUUGAGAAUAUCCAAAAAUCAUAUGAUGAAGCACAAAUUGGGCCAUUUUCUCUGGGAUUAAAUUUGAAGGAAAUUAUUAGCCAAAGAGGAACUUCAGAAGAUUCUAAUUCUUCUGUGCCAGAAUUUAGCCAUGGCACUGCUGACAGUAACACUAACGUACAGUCCUCCUGUGAUUCCGAAGAGGGAAAUUCAGAGCAGGCAGAAAUAAGAGCUAUCACUACUGAAAAAACUGGAUUAAUAACAGGUUUAUUUCCGAAUGCCACUCUAGAUGUAAAGAAUACUAAUGAAGUACUUCCCAGUAGCCAGGCAGAACUUCCAGGUCUAUAUAACAUGAAGCAGUCUUUCCCAGGUACUCUCAAAGCUCCUGGUGCUCAAGAUGUGAGUGAAAUGGAGAAGCACCUAGAAGUCACAGAGACUGGAGACAGUAUACAUUCUUCUUUGAAUUUGUGUGAUAUUUUAAACUCUCUACCAAGCACUUCAAAUCUUGAAUUAAAUGAAGAAGUUGAUUUUAUUGACUCUCUUGAAAUAAAGAAAAAUGAAAACUUCCCAAAGGAUUGUGUGAGAUUUCCAAACACCGAAGAAUUUAUGAAUGAAGAUGAACAGGAAAUGGAAAAAGUUCUAAUGGCUGAGAGUACUUUGUCAGCUGGAGUUAGUGAAGAAGAUAAACCUGAGACGUUGAAUCCCAUGCCAGUGAUGCCCAAAUCUCUGACCAUAGACUGUCUGGAAUUGGCAUUACCGCCUGAGUUGGCUUUUCAGCUCAAUGAGUUAUUUGGCCCUGUUGGUAUUGAUUCAGGAUCUCUAACAGUUGAGGAUUGUGUGGUUCAUAUAGAUCUGAAUCUGGCUAAAGUGAUUCAUGAGAAAUGGAAAGAAUCUGUAAUGGAGCGACAAAGACAAGAAGAGGUAUCCUGUGGCAAGUUGAUGAGAGAUCCUUCCCUGGUUGGGCAUAUUGGUCUUGAUAAUCCUGAACAAAAAUCAUCUCAGAGAACGGGCAAAAAAUUACUGAAGACGUUAGCAGCACCUGAAAUGCUACCCUUACUGGAUCAUUGGAACACUCAAACUAAAAAAGUGUCACUCAGAGAAAUAAUGUCAGAAGAGAUUGCCUUACAGGAAAAACACGAUUUGAAAAGGGAGGCACUUCUGUUUGAAAAAGAUUGUGCCACUAAACUAAAGGAGAAGCAGCUCUUUAAGAUCUUUCCAGCCAUUAACCAAAAUUUUCUGGUGGACAUUUUCAAGGACCACAAUUAUUCAUUAGAACACACAGUUCAGUUUCUAAACUGUGUCCUUGAAGGAGACCCUGUAAAAACAGUUGUAGCGCAAGAGUUCGUUCACCAAAAUGAGAAUGUCCCUUCUCAUACUACACAGAAGUCUAAGGAGAAAAAGGCAAAGAAAUCAAAAGAGACUGAAGACAUACCAAGUGAACCAUCUUUCCAGGAUUUUGAGUACCCAGAGUAUAAUGACUACAGAGCAGAGGCUUUCCUGCACCAACAGAAGAGGAUUGAAUGCUACAGCAAAGCAAAAGAAGCUUAUCGGAUGGGGAAAAAACACGUUGCCACAUUUUAUGCCCAACAGGGUAGUCUCCAUGAGCAGAAGAUGAAAGAAGCUAAUCACCUUGCUGCUGUGGAGAUUUUCGAGAAAGUCAAUGCCUCCCUGCUGCCACAGAAUGUUUUAGACCUCCAUGGGCUGCAUGUGGAUGAAGCUAUAGAACACUUGAUGACAGUUUUACAGCAGAAAACUGAAGAAUUUAAGCAGAAUGGUGGGAAGUCCUAUCUGUCUGUGAUUACGGGGAGAGGAAACCACAGCCAAGGAGGAGUUGCUCGCAUCAAACCAGCCGUCAUUAAAUACCUCACAAGCCAUAGCUUCAGGUUCUCUGAAAUUAAACCAGGAUGCUUGAAAGUCAUGCUAAAGUAAAAUAAACGUCCUUGACUUAGACGUGUAAAGGUUUGUAGGUUAAACUUAGUUUUAUUUACGGUAAAUUUAGUCAUUUUUACUAUAAACAUGUGUUUAUUAGAAAUGUCCAGUUAUAGUAAAAACAUUAUGAUGAUGUUUUUCAGAACUCAAAAAAAUAGUUUUUUACUGAGUCAAAUGCCAAAUAUGUUGUCUGUUAUAUUAAAGAGAAUUUUUAUUGAUUAUAAAA